UUCCUAUUCCUGGCCAUCCAGUGAGGAAGCUUGAUUCUUGCCCGACCCUGCCGGGUCCUCGCAAGACCAGCGCCUCACGCCCCCGCGCAUGCGUAUUGCCUCAGUCGCGCUCGCUGAGGCGGAGCAAAAGGACAGACUUUUUUCUUCCUUGCUCCCGCCCCUCUUCUUCCUCCACCUGCCACGUACUGGGCCCGAGCUCUCGCUGGGCUUGUUGAGUCUGUGCGAUUGGCCGGGGCCUGCACGAGCUUUCGAGCUUGGAGUGGCGGCCGCGGAGGGCAACCGAGCGGGCGGUGACCACAGCCUCCCAGCGACGCCCCAGAGCCCGGCGGUGGCCUCGCAUCGGCCGGGUCAGCGGAGACCCGCGCAGAGGCGGCGGCCUCGGCAAGCUGUUUUUUCCUAGAGUUCUGUAUUAGAACAUCCUGGAGUCCACCAUGAAUGGACAGUUGGACCUAAGUGGGAAGCUAAUUAUCAAAGCUCAGCUUGGGGAGGAUAUUCGGCGAAUUCCCAUUCAUAAUGAAGAUAUUACUUAUGAUGAAUUAGUGCUAAUGAUGCAACGAGUUUUCAGAGGGAAACUUCUGAGUAAUGAUGAAGUUACGAUAAAGUAUAAAGAUGAAGAUGGAGAUCUUAUAACAAUUUUUGAUAGUUCUGACCUUUCCUUUGCAAUUCAGUGUAGCAGGAUACUGAAACUGACAUUAUUUGUUAACGGCCAACCAAGACCCCUUGAAUCAAGUCAGGUGAAAUACCUUCGUCGAGAACUGAUAGAACUUCGAAAUAAAGUGAAUCGCUUAUUGGAUAGCUUGGAACCACCUGGAGAACCAGGGCCUUCUACCAGUAUUCCUGAAAAUGAUGCUGUGGAUGGUAGGGAAGAAAAGCCUACUGCUUCUGAUUCUUCUGGCAAACAGUCUACUCAGGUUAUGGCAGCAAGUAUGUCAGCUUUUGAUCCUCUGAAAAACCAAGAUGAAAUCAAUAAAAAUGUGAUGUCAGCGUUUGGCUUAACAGAUGAUCAGGUUUCAGGGCCACCCAGUGCUCCUGCAGAAGACCGUUCAGGAACACCUGACAGCAUUGCUUCCUCCUCCUCAGCAGCUCACCCACCAGGAGUUCAGCCACAGCAGCCUCCAUACACAGGAGCUCAGACACAAGCAGGUCAGAUUGAAGGUCAGAUGUACCAACAGUACCAGCAGCAAGCUGGCUAUGGUGCACAGCAGCCUCAGGCUCCACCUCAGCCACCUCAGCAGUAUGGUAUUCAGUAUUCAGCCAGCUAUAGUCAACAGACUGGACCCCAACAACCUCAGCAGUUCCAGGGAUAUGGCCAGCAACCAACUUCCCAGGCACCAGCACCUGCCUUUUCUGGUCAGCCACAACUGCCUGCUCAAGCAGCACAGCCAUACCAGGCGAGCAAUUAUCCUCCACAAACUUACACUACCCAAACAUCUCAGCCUACUAAUUAUACUGUGGCCCCUGCCUCUCAGCCUGGAAUGGCUCCAAGCCAACCUGGGGCUUAUCAACCAAGACCAGGUUUUACUCCACCUCCUGGAAGUACCAUGAACCCACCUCCAAGUGGUCCUAACCCUUAUGCACGUAACCGCCUUCCCUUUGGUCAGGGCUAUACCCAACCUGGACCUGGUUAUCGAUAAAGAGGCUCAGAUACACUGUUGAAUAUAGCUAAUAGCUAAUUGCCUCCCAAAAGACUCCAGUACUAUUUUAUUUUAAUUCGUAUUGAAGUUCAGAAAUUUAAAAAGCAGAGCAUUUUUUUAUGAGAUCAUUAUUGCUGUUAAUUGAAAGUAUAAUUUGCUGGAACACAAUAAAAGACCAAAAUGAAAGUUGUUUUCUUCCCUGCUUAAAAAUGUAGCAGCUUCCUAGUUAUAUUGGAACACUACUUACAUGUAUGUAAAGUGAUUGGCUUUCUAGCUUCCCUUGUUCAGAGGAUGUUAAAAUGCUAGGUUGAGAUUUACCACUUGGCUUUUUACUAUUAACAUAAUGUACUAAAGUAGAGCCCUUUGAGAAAAUGACUAGACAUUAUGUACAAGAUGUAACAUUGAUAGGCUAAUAAAGGUGAUUAAAUCCAUUA